CGGAGGUUUCUCUGACAUCUGCUGCUGUUACUGGUCCGAAAGUCGGAGACCCCCCCAGAGUCGGCGUGUGUGUUCCCGACCUGACCCGAAGCGAACCGGUAGCUGCAAUUUCAGAAAACAUCAACGAAAAUGCAUCAACUGUCCGCUGUCUGUGUGACGCUCGUGAUUGCCUCCGUAUUAGUGCAGAAUGCCAGCGCGAAGCGAGGUUGUGCAGCGUUUGGCCAUGCUUGCUACGGUGGACAUGGCAAGCGAUCGUCGGCGGCCGUCGUACCGUCCUAUCCCGAGGGAUUCGAUCCCUCAACACUGGCGUUAGACGUGCUUCCUAUCCCGUACUCUAAACUGGUGCUCGAUAAACCACGAACCAUGGACGCGUUGCCGGACGACCUGCGCUCGAACGAUGUUUACGGCCUGGACACUCCCGUUUUAAACCACCGUACCAUCGACUCGAGAGGCGGAGAGCUCAAAUACGCAAUCUAUGCGAUUCUACGGCAACUGAUGGAAGAGGCCUCAGCGAACCACCAGGAUCAGUCGCACCAGCAGCAGCCUGCUCCUCAACAGCCGUUUCCACGCGAUCUGCCUAUCGUGCGUGAAGCAGAGCGAAAGUAAACGUGCCACUGGCUCCUAAAUAACCCGUCCCCAAUUGGUCAAAUUCUACGUUUCGUUGCUGUUACUAUCGCCGUCGCGUUUUGAACGAAGUGUGGCAAGCAUACACCAUGGCGUAGGAUGGCGGCGACAGAAGCUGGCGGACCUGAGUGUGAACUUCUCCGAUUAGACACUUUCAAAAACGAGUUUCAAAAGCCCCGAACGUUCAGUAUUGUUCCACUAUCUUCCAUUAUUUUUUCGGUGAUGUUGCGGUUACGUUACAUGAUGCACAAGCUAUUUAGAGAAAAGGAAGCAUUAUCGAGCACUUAGCAAUGCGAUGGCUGGAACACUGAAAAGAAGAACGUUUGUCUAUGUAAAUAAAUGAGCCCACGUACGGGAAGCAUAGGUAGAGUCAAACGUCCCCAACACCUCAUUAUAAUACACUGCAAUUAUCUAGCAAUGGUUGUUGUACGCGUAACACACAGAAAUGCAUUGGUCAACACUAUGGGAAAACAUUUCUCGAUACUACACAUUGUACUGCAACCCAAACGCAAACGAGGACGGAAUAAAACAA